AUGGCCGUGGAGGAAGGCAUCGUGAAGGAGAUCGACAUCAGUCAUCAUGUCAAAGAAGGCUUCGAAAAGGCAGACCCUUCCCAGUUUGAACUGUUGAAAGUUUUAGGACAAGGAUCCUAUGGAAAGGUGUUCCUGGUGAGGAAGGUAAAGGGGUCCGAUGCUGGGCAGCUCUAUGCAAUGAAAGUCCUCAAGAAAGCUACCUUAAAAGUUCGGGACCGAGUCAGGUCGAAGAUGGAGAGAGACAUUCUGGCAGAAGUGAACCAUCCCUUCAUUGUAAAGCUUCAUUACGCCUUUCAGACGGAAGGAAAGCUCUACCUGAUCCUGGACUUCCUGCGGGGAGGGGACCUCUUCACCCGACUCUCCAAAGAGGUGAUGUUCACUGAGGAGGAUGUCAAAUUCUACCUGGCUGAGCUCGCCCUGGCUCUGGACCACCUGCACGGCCUGGGCAUCAUCUACAGAGACCUGAAACCUGAGAACAUCCUCCUGGAUGAAGAGGGACAUAUCAAGAUCACAGAUUUCGGCCUGAGUAAGGAAGCCAUCGACCAUGACAAGAGAGCGUAUUCGUUCUGCGGGACGAUAGAGUACAUGGCGCCUGAGGUGGUGAACCGGCGGGGACACACGCAGAGUGCCGACUGGUGGUCCUUUGGCGUGCUCAUGUUCGAGAUGCUCACGGGGUCCCUGCCGUUCCAGGGGAAGGACAGGAAGGAGACCAUGGCCCUCAUCCUCAAAGCCAAGCUGGGGAUGCCUCAGUUCCUGAGCACAGAGGCCCAGAGCCUGCUGAGAGCCCUCUUCAAACGGAACCCCUGCAACCGGCUGGGUAAGAGGCUUGCGAGCCCCCCGCCCCACUCCAGCGCAGCUCUCAUUGAGCUGCACGAUUUACCAAGGCCACCAAAACUGUCCUUCAGUUGGGCUGGAAGUACUCUCACACACUGUCUCGGCUCCGAGGACAGGAGGUCUCUUCAUGAUUUCUAAACCACGCUGCCGAAAUAUAAGCUAUUUUCUAAAAAUCACUGGUUUUACACAAAACGGUGGCACUUUUUCCUACUGAUUUUACUUCUCGUAGUUUUGGAAAUUCAUAAGCUAAGAAUAGAGCAAUUGAAGAGCUGCUUCUAAUUUAAUCCCUCUUAAAUUAAGAAACUUCAAUAUCUAUUAAAAUCCAGAUUUACUUUAAUAUUAAUAAAGUCCUG